UUUAUUUACCUCACCAUUCGCACCGGUUCUAAUUUUUCACUGUUUUCGGAUUUUGUAUUAACAACGGUUUUAUUAACCUCCGCCAUGAAAUUCUCGUCUGUAAACGCUAAGUGUCCGACGUACAAAGAAAACCAUGUUUUGUAUAUUGGAGCACAUACUGGAACGUUCAAAAGAAUUAAUGUGUACGACGAAGAUCCAUACCAGCAAACCAAUCUACAACCUAUAGAGACACUCAAUAAAACGUCGAGAAUAACAUGCAUGGAAUUUGGCAACAAAGAACAAACCGAAGUUCUUGUUGGACGGGCCAAUCAUUUUGUGAAGGUAUUCAACUGCACAGAGGAGGACAGCACUUCAAAUUUUGAAGCGGGCAAUGACGAAGUAGUCGGACUUGGGCGUAGCAAUGGAUGUAUUGUAGCCGGUCUGGCGAACGGUACGGUGCGUGUUAUCAAAUAUCCUACCACGACUGAGUUUAGUGUUGGUGAUAAUCUUGCCCGAAUGCGCCUUUGCCUGGAGGACGAAACUCGUAUGGUUACCGGGGGCAAGCUGUUGAAAGGAAUCAUUAAACUGUGGGACCUUGAGACGCAGAAGGUGUUAUUCAAGGCGAAAAACGUACCCAAAGUUCUUGAACUUGAGCAGCCGGUUUGGGAUAAUGAUGUCGUUUUUGUAAACAGAAACGUAAUAGCGUCUUGCUCACGCCACGGCUACGUACGUCUUUACGACACGCGAGGUCCACAGAAACGACCAAUCCAAAAUUUCACUUCGUCGGAUCCUGACGAUCAGCUAGCCUUCUCUUGUUUGACUUCUUAUGGCGAUUAUCUUUACGCCGGCACAACAACCUUUGGGGCCCGAGGGUUUGAUAUUCGUAAAAUGAAAAACCACAUCCAUGUAUACAAAGGAUUUAGUGGAACCGUGACGUCUAUUCGUGUCGACCCGACUGGUAACCAUUUAAUAAGUGGUUGUCUUGAUCGGUUCGUAAGAAUUCAUCAUGCAAAUCUUACUGCGUUGGAAUAUCGAACCUAUGUGAAAUCUAAACCGACUCAAGUAUUGAUUACCGACUUGAAGGGAAUUAAAACAGAAUCUAAUGAUGAUGAUGCUGAGAAAGAAGAUGUACAAAUCAGCAUAGAUUUGGCUGGGUCCGACUCAGAGUACGAUGAACUGUUCUCUCAAAUGCAAACGGUCAAGGAAACCACCGUUAAAGCAAAGAAAAGGAAAAUACCGCCACAGGAAUCCCGUAAGCAAAAUGGUCAGAACAACCAAGGUGGCGAAAAGAGAAAAAUUGUAAAAGCCAAUAAUAAAGAUUAAUUACCACUUCAUGUUUUUUAGUUAUAUUUUUUAGUAGGGAAUUUAGAUGAUAACAAAUUAGUUAUGAAGGUUGGCUGAAAAAUUAAACAUUGGCAGUAUUUACUAAAUUUUUCUUUAAUUAUAUGUAAAUUGUUUAUACCAAAAAGUGGAUUUAUAUUAAAGGACUUUUUUUCUUGGUCGGAUAUAGUGUCCGUCAGAGCUGAUCACUUCCGUAUAAGUGGGUCAAUUAUGUGACUUAUAUUCAAAAUA